UAGGCAGUCGGCUAAGAAAAGCAUCAUUUCCUUAGACUAAUAGUAGUAGAGAUUCCCCCUUAAGAACUUCCAAACUGAAGGGCCGACCCUGUUUGAGAAAGGCGGGCGACUAAACCAAUAUCUUUAUUGUUCGAUCGUUUUGCAACUUACAAGUAUAUAUAAAAGAUCGGGGAAGGGAAGGUAUCAAAACUCACAAGCUUAUAAACAGAAAAAAAAAAAAAAAAAGAUGCAGGGCCAUGUCUCACAGGAUACUCCGGCUGGUGUUCCAGCAGCUUUAAUAUGGGAUAUAUACCGCGGUCUGGAGCUGGGGAGGCUUGUGGAUAAACUAGCACCGGAGGUUCUUGGAAGGGUAGAAUUCCUAGAAGGUGAUGGAGGCGUCGGAACCAUUGUCAAGCUCACAUUUCCACCAGGAAGCCCUGGAAGGGGUUACAUGAAAGAAAGAUUCACAAAGAUUGAUGAUGAAAAUCGAGUUAAAGAAACAGAAGUGCUUGAAGGAGGAUACAAAGAUCUUGGAUUCGAUGUGGUUCGUAUUCGGUUAGAGAUAGUGGAGAAAGAUUUGGAAUCAUGUAUGGUGAGGUCAACUAUAGAGUAUGAAGGAGAAGAGAAGCUUGUUGAUGUUGUUUCCCAUGUCAACGUUAAGCCACUGGAAAUGAUUGCUGAAAUAAUUGGGAAACAUCUCUGUCAAAACAAAUCCACUCUCUAGGAUUUUCUUUUUCCAUGUUCCUAUCCAACUACUACGUUUCAUUGCUCAUUUCUCAUGUAUAUGCAAGAUAUGAUGAAUAUAAAGAGAAUGUUUGAGGUCUAUAGUUGCCCUUUUAAUAAUGUUAUCUUCAAAAUUCAAUGUGACUUAAUUGAUAGUUUGAUGUUAUUAUAUAA